AUGCUCGACCACCUCGGGGUGAUCGACGGGCAGUACGUGAAGCCGACGGGGGCGAACGCGCCGUCGUGGCGGAGCUCGCCGCUCGCGCGCCUCAGCCUGGAGAUCCGCAGCCGCAUCACCGCGCUCCGGCUGCGCUGCACGAGCUACUACGUGCGCCGCUGGAAGAUCAGCCCGCCGGUGCCGGCGCCGCACACGGCGGAGAUCAUCCGCGCGACCAAGGCCCUCUACGAGGACAUCUACACGGCGUUCGGCAACGGCGACCUGGCGCCCGUGCGCGACCGGCUCGCGCCGGGCUUCCACGACACGCUCUCCCAGCACAUCCGCGAGCGCCGCCCGGACACGACGCGGCAGUGGCGGCUGGAGCGGUACGUCGGCGAGCCGCGCGUGGCGGCCAAGGCGGCGAAGGAGGCGGCCAAGGCGGCGAAGCGGGACGCGAACGGGAUGCUGCAGGCGAUCGUGCGGAUCCGGAGCGUGCAGUCGCUGGUGACGGUGGCGCGGAAGCGGACGUGGGACCGGGCGCGGCGCACGACGUCGGUCGAGUACUUCGUCGUCCAGAAGAAGAUCCGCCACAGCCGCGUCGACCCCGACUGGCAGGCCUGGGGCGCCGCCCAGGAGUCCACCCCGGAGCGGAUCGCGUACGAGGCCGCGCUGAGGGACGCCCGGAUGGAGGAGCAGACGAGGAGGCAGGCGGCCGGGGAGGUUUAG